UGUAACAACAGGGAGUACGGUCCCCGACUUCAAAUAUUGUGGGGAAGCUUUCGCCUUCUGACCGUUUGAUCUGUUUUGAGUAUUUGCCAAUAGUACCAUAGACGAUACAGGAUGAACUCGGCUAUUAGCCUUUACAGAUUAUUCCCAAGGACAGCGUUUAAUAAAACCAAUAAUGCCAGUAUCGCUGAGGACAACGGUGUUGAGAAGUACUGCUGGUUCCUCACUUGACAGCCAAACCAACGGAGAUGGACGGGGGCGUGCCGGCGGGAAUCGAACUAAAGAAAAGAGGUGCCAAUACUGCAGAAGAUCCUUCAAGAAGACAGAGCAUCUUUUACGACAUGAGCGAAGCCAUACGAAGGAGAAGCCAUUUCGUUGCGAAUUGUGCAGUAAGGGCUACAGCAGACAUGACACCUUACUUCGACAUUCCAAAACCCACGGCCUUGAGAUUUCACAUCCCCAAGCAGGCAUUACUCUAUCGCAGAUGAAUCACAGUAACCGAGUAUCUUCUAAGGACCCAGACAGCGGCCAGGGCGCAGCACACUACGCGACCGAACGGCUGCAGUCUAACCUUGACCCACAGCUUGAUAGUAUUCAUGGUAGCCAGUUUGAAAUGCCAGAUGCAGUAUACCCAUCUGCUAUUUCAGGCAACACCAUACAUACCUUGAGCACAGAAACCCCAAUAGGGGUAGACGGCCAAGCACAGUUUACAGGAGAGCCAUUCUCUACACUGGCAGGAGGCCUAGACGAAGUUUCGCCAUUAGCUGCAAAUAACCUCUGGGGUUCAUCACUUAUGUCUAUAGGCCCAGCUUGGCUCACAGACUAUGACUUCGAUCUCGAAGCAUUAAACACGUCUGUCUCGGCUGCUGUGGAAACUGCUGAGCCAUUGUUUCAGUCUCACAUGAACCGAAAUUUGGCGCAACAAAUGCCACCUUCUGAAAUCACUCAUGAUAGUGAAGUCCGUAGGAGCAUGAGGUUAGCUAACGACAACAUUCAUCGGGGAUGGUUCUCUCAUAUUGAUCGGCUCAACGACGAGGACGAUAAUAGCGGGUUAACCACAGGACAACUGACACCUGCUAUUACUGGGGAUCAAUAUGAUAUAGGUGAUAGCUUUCAUCACAGGGUCUACCAACGUCUUAAGGCACGGUCCAUUGAGGAGCCUCUGCCAUCCACCCAGUUUCUAAACCUAUCCGUUCAGAUUUACUUUACUAAAUUUAAUACCAUUUUCCCUCUUAUUCACGGUCAGACAUUCCGCCCGACGCCAAAGAAUUCUCUACUUGUGCUGUCAAUCACAUCCAUAGGUAGCCUGAUUCUCGGAUCAAAAGCAGCAGCGGCUCAAGGAAUUAGAAUAUUUGAAAGACUCAACAAGGCUAUUUUGGGAUCCUGGGAAAAAAUAAUAUCUUCCGACUCAACUGAAGCCGUAUGCAUGGUACAAGCAGCCAUAGUUGGGCAGACAUUCGCACUAUUAUCUGGGAUUCCACAGCAUCUUGCUAUUGUUGAGGCCCUUCACGGCUCAGUUAUUACUUGGGCGCGAAGAUGCCACAUGUUCAACUAUAGAAUAAACCAACCCCAGGUCGAAAAUCUUAGUGGCGCAUCUUUAGAUGAAGCAUGGAAAGCUUGGGCUAGAUCGGAGGAGAUUGUAAGAGCAGUCCUAGGGUUAUAUAUACAUGAUGCUAAGCUAGCUUGCAUGUUUCAUCAUGAACCACUUCUUCGUCACAACUCAAUCAUGAUGUCAGUGGCUGCUGACGACGACCUCUUUAAUGCGCCAAGCGCAACCAUUUGGAAGCGAAAGAUGCUUCAGUCCGCAUCCCGGUUAGCAGUACGCGAUUGCCUACAUAUGAAUCUCGACCACCAUGGGACUCAACCAGUGCCACAAGAGCUGAGCUGGAAAAACAGCCACUUUACAGCAUAUGUAAUACUUUAUGGCAUCUCUGCAACAAUCAACGAGCAGCAACAGAUGAAUCAACUACAUCCUGAUUCUGCCAAUUUUACCAAAUGCUUUGAUGCCCUCAUAUGCUGGUAUCAAACUUUUGCACAAGAUGCCCACCUUUCCGAAUCCAAAGAAGUCUCACGUCCAGACACACUCUGCCUUAUGAUACUUUGGCACAGUGUAUUUAUGUGUCUACUAACUAACUUUGACCUUCUCGAACGGGCCAUUGGCCGCAACGGCGCUGAUAGCGCUACUUUGGAUACAGACAUGGCAUAUGCUACCAAGUGGGCAACAUCUAGGGAGGCUCAACGUUGCAUGCUCCACGUACACGCGCUGCUGAACUCUCUUGGUGCCAUGCGGCUUGACGCAGAGGCUGCAAUCCACGUCCCGCACUGCCUGUUUCUAGCAGGAAUAGUCAGUUAUUGCUUCACGCGCUUCCGUCGGCCCAAUCCUGCGCUGCAAUCCCCAGCUCACACACGUUUGUCUCGUCCUGAAACUCGUAGCCCUGCGUUACAGCCAGUUGUUGAGUUUCCUGAGUUCGAAGUACGAGGAGUGCCAAUACCGCAGCAUAUCUUCGGCCCUCCUUCUGUCAACUCGAACGAUCAUGCCUCGCCCUUGACACCUGAUGGUACGAGCAAUUCUUUCAACAUUCAAGGAGAUCAGACAACGCGAUUCAGGGCCACAUCAGGUGCAGGUGCAGCUAUGAUGUGUACCUUAAUUGACAUGCUCCAAAGAGUCGGCCAUUGGGGUAUUGCACGAACAUACGCUGCGACGUUAUCGACACUCGUGUGUGUAGACAGCGAUGAGGACUGGAAGUUUAUCUUGAGUGGUUACUAACAAGGAGGUUUCCACUAGCAAACACCAUAUAUAAUGUAUAGAAGUAGGCCGGUAACUGAGCUUAAGAGGGAAAAGUGUCCACAGAAAGAGAACAAUAUACCUCAACCAUGAAACCUGUGGUAUCUAAGGGGUAGUCGAAGAUCCGUGGCUCUAGAAUGUCUCCCAUAUUCUAAACUUAGGCAUCUGUAGCGCCUCAUUUGGUUGUGCUAGAUAUUUGUGUUGCUCUGUUCUAGCUUUGAGUCGGUUUCAGUAGACAGCCAUGUAGUUGAUUAUGGGGGACUUACCCUUUUAAAUCUGCUUAACUCUAUACCACAUACGAACUGCUGAGUAACUUAUCUCGAGCUCCCUCCGCCAUGUACAAGUAUGAUUUCGCACCAUAUUGUCUGAACCACGUUGCAUGCUCGGUCCCUCUCAGACCGUCCCCCAAGAACUUCUGUAUCUCGGUGGAGUCUGUCAGUUAAUAUGGCAUAUGCGAAAGCCGGGUUAGCUCGAUCAGUUUGCUCUCGCUGAUACUGUCCUGUGAUUUCUAGUCGCUCUUGGCCACGGCUUCACUCGCCGGAAGCGAAUAUCUUUCUCACCUUUAUUAGUGGGAAAGCCUUUGAGAGACGGAUGAGCGUCUCCUGCCGGCAAGUCAUCUUUGCUUAAGUGACGGCAGUGAGAAAGUGAGUUGGGG